AGCCCCAUCUUUCAUCCAUUCUCUUUUUUCUCCCCCAUAAAUUUUGCUGAAGUUUAUUCCUAACUUAUCACAAUAAAAUCGAAAAAUAUUGUUUUGAGUGACUCAAGUGACGGAAACUGAUCCAAUUUUAUUCCGUGAAACGGGCAAACUAGUGACCAAACACGGUGCCAUUGAAGUGAAACGUCGAAAAGGCCGAUUCGUACAAAAAAAAAUUCAUAAAUUUUAUGUGACGUGUUUGUAUACAAUUAUUUUGCUAUACAAUGGUCGAUCAGCUUCCCCCCAUAAAAACAUUGGAACUUGAUAAAAUUUGCAGGGUCUGUUUGACGGUGAAAAAGGAUAUGAGACCACUAUUCGGUGAAAUGAUUGCUGAACUGUUAAUGGAAUGUGCGAGGAUCCAGGUCGAUGAAACUGAUGGAUGGCCCGAUAAAAUUUGCAUCCAAUGUGUACAUCAAGUCAGUCGAUGUCAUGCAUUCAAGUCACGUGUGGAAAAAUCGGAUCAACAACUGCGCCAAUAUAUCAAGGGAAUCACUGUCAUUGUGGAAGAACCCAUCACCCAGAUCGAGCUGCCUCAACAGAUCCACAGAAACGAAAUUCAGUUAAAUCGGAACGACAAUGCACAUCACCACGUUCAGGUACAAAGCCAACCACAACAACAACAACAACAGCAGCACCAUCAACGCCAGGAAAUUCAAAUCACACGUCAGGACAUUGUACCCGCCCCACAAAUGAUCAUAACAAAUGGUCAACUGCACAACGCUCAAAUUAUAAAUGCUGGACAAAUAGUGAGCACGCCGCAGGGUCAACAGAUGAUCCAAACCAAUACACAAAAUGUGCAGUCGGGUCAAAAUGUGCAAUUGCAUCUGGUGCAAACGGGUAACGGGACUGUUCAAAUGAUACAACAAAAUGGACAGCCGGCACAACUAUUGCAAAUCCAACGAACCAGUGACGAUCGAUGUGAAAUUAUCGUGCAGCAGCCGGACGUGCACGGAGAGACACAAUAUUAUACGGAAGAUGAUCUAAAGAAUUUGGUUACUGUGACCGCGCAACUGCAUCAGGAAGAGGUGGAGAGCAGUGACGAUGUGCAAAUGAUUGAACAAAUCGAACAAAUUGAGACUGAAAUCGAGGAAGAAGAAACAGAGGAAGAAACGGUAUUCACACUGGACCUGACCGAUGAAUCCGAGUGUGAAGACAAGGAAUAUUUAGCCGAAUUCAUUAGUAUGCAAACGUCGUGCCCAUAUCCAGGCAGAUUCAUCUGUAAUCUGUGCCGGAAGGAAUUCAAACACGUUCGAUGGCUGAACACGCACAUGAAAUCGCAUUCGAAUUGGAUCAAGGCAAACUGUAAAAAGCAGCCCCAGUGCAACAUAUGCGGUCGAAGUUUCAAGGGACCGGGAAUGCUAAAAAUGCAUAUGAAAACGCACGAAAAGCCACCGGAGCAAAUACCAACGUGUAAAGUGUGCAACAAGGAAUUUAAAUCGAAAACCAUUCUAUAUCGACAUCGACAAACUCACUUAGAGAAAAACAUUCGAUGCGGUGUGUGUCAGAAAAGCUUCACUACAAUCAGUCAACUGCAGUCGCAUCAACAGAAAUUGAACCACGACAAAAUUUACAUUUGUUCACAUUGCAACAAGCAGUUCACAAACACAAAUGAAUUCAAAGUACAUUUACAGCAGCACAACAACAAACAAAAGAAGACCGAAUUGUCCGCUGUGGAUUAGAAAUCGAUUUCGUAUAAUGAGCACCUGAAUAUUGCGUAGAGAUUUGUACAUAAGAGAAAAAUUGUAAUUUGGUUAAGAAAUGUGGACAGAAAUUGUUAGAUUUUGAUGUCGUUUCACAUUUUGUCGUUCAAAAUGAAUUAUGAAAUUGUUUGUACAUUUUGCUGGGGUACCGAUUAUUUUGAUAGUGUUUUUUUUCGGUGGUACAUGGGGGAGGAGUGCAUGGAAUAGAGGCGGUUAAUGGAACUCUCUUCGUUUCGCUUCGUUUGAUGUGAAUUCGGUUGAACUUAAUUUGAAUAAAAAAAAAAGGAAAAGAAAGAAACUGAAAAUUUGAAUUUGAAAAAUUUGUUAUUUCUGUCCGAGACUCAUGAAAAUUUUCGUAGAAUAAUUCCACAUUAUGGAAUCCACAACCUCCGGAUGAAUUUUUUUGUGGUUUAAAAGAAUCUGCCAUUUUUACAUAUUUACAAAGAAAAAGAAUUGAAAAUGGUGUCUAAUGGAAAUGCUUUAUCAUAAUCUUUACUUUGCACAGCAAACACUGUAUCAUUUUACUCCAUAACUAUUGUAAUCCGUAUAGCUUUUAGCACCCUAUAUAAAUUAGACGAGUAAGUUGUACGAAUAGAAAACAAAAUUAAUAAAACAAAGCCACUCAGCGUAGUGUUUAAUUCAUA